CCCCCCCCACCCCCCUCCCCCCCCCCCCCCACUCCCCCCCCCCACCCCCCUCCCCCCCUCCCCCCCCACCCCCCCCUCCCCCCCCCCCCACCCCCCUCCCCCCCUCCCCCCCACCCCCCCCUCCCCCCCCCCCCCCCCCCCCCCCCCCACCCCCCACCCCCUCCCCCCCCCCCACCCCCCCUCCCCCCCCACCCCCCCACCCCCCCUCCCACCCCCCACCCCCCUCCCCCUCCCCCCACCCCCCCUCCCCCCCCCCCCCCACCCCCCUCCCCCCCACCCCCUCCCCCCACCCCCUCCCCCCAUCCCCCCCCACCCCCCCCUCCCCCCCCACCACCCCCCUCCCCCCCCCCCACCCAUCCCCCCCCCCCCCCCCCCACCCCCCCCCCACCCCUCCCCCCCACUCCCCCCUCCCCCCCCCCCCAUCCCCCCCACCCCCCCUCCCCCCCCAAGCCAUCCCCCCUCCCCACCCCUCCCCCCACCCCCCCACCCCCACCCCCCCCCAAUCCCCCCCCCCCCCCCCCCCCCAACCAUCCCCCCCCACCCCCCCCCCCCCCCCAACCAUCCCCCCACCCCCCCCCACCAUCCCCCACCCCCCCCCCACCAUCCCCCCUCCCCCCCCCACCAUCCACCCUCCCCCACCCCCCAUCCCCCCCCCCCCCCACCCCCCCCCCACCAUCCCCCCUCCCCCCCCCCACCAUCCCCCACCCCCCCCCACCAUCCCCCCUCCCCCCCCCACCAUCCCCCACCCCCCCCCCACCAUCCCCCACCCCCCCCCCCCACCAUCCCCCCCUCCCCCCCCCCCCACCAUCCCCCCCCCCCCCCCCACCAUCCCCCCAACCCCCCCCCUCCCCCCCCCCACCCCCCCCCCCACCAUCCCCCCCCCCCCCCCCACCACCAUCCCCCCCCCCCCCACAACCAUCCCCCCCCCCCCCCCCACCCCCCCCAUCCCCCCUCCCCCCCCCACCCCCAUCCCCCCCAUCCCCCCUCCCCCCCCCACCCCCCCCACCACCAUCCCCCCCACCCCCCCCACCACCAUCCCCCCCCCCCCCCCCCCCCCCCCCCCCACCCCCACCCCCCCCCCCCCACCCCCUCCCCCCACCAUCCCCCCCACCCCCCCCCCCACCAUCCCCCCCCCCCCCCCCACCACCAUCCCCCCUCCCCCCCCCACCACCAUCCCCCCUCCCCCCCCCACCACCAUCCCCCCCCCCACCACCAUCCCCCCCCCCACCACCAUCCCCCGACUCUUAUGGCUCAAUCCAGAGACUUGUCACCUGCAUGGGGCUCAGCAUGGGCCUGGUCUCCAGCAGUGCUCCGUGUGUCGGAGAUAUUGGCUGUCACAUCCUUCGUCAGCUACGGGCAGAUAUUUGUGAUUUACAGGAGAAGAACUUUCAUAACAACGCCGAGCGGCUGAGGACUGGUGGUGGGCCAGGCCAGAUUUUGAUGCUCAGCCACUAUGAGCAGGAGGCACUGGACCUGGUGUGGCGACAUGCGCCCAGGUCCACUGGAGCUGGAGAGAUUGGGGUUCCACGGGCUGGUAUGCGUGGCCAGCACUCACGUCGCCAGUGGUCUCCCAACAUCCAUGACAUUGCUGGUUGUUCAAUGAGGAUCAUUAAAGUUUUGGAUAGCCACAAGCCCAUUGUGUCCGUGCGACGAGCGGAGUACUGCAUGGGCACCUUAAAAUCCACGAUAGUUGGAGCCUCAACUACCUUAAGUGGCCCAAUAAUUGCGGCCACGCAAUGGACAUCAUCAUGCACCCGCCCAGCAAAAUAUCACGAUGGCGCAUGGUGA